AUGAAGUCUUUCACUGCGUUAUUGCUUCUGGCAGCUUUCGCGGUGCACGUGUUCUCCAAUGAAGUGGCAAUUUACAGGGCUUCGUAUAAUUUCAUAACUGAGCAACAGGACCUUAAAAUGGCCGAGGCUGUGAGAGACAAUGGAUUACCAGAAACAACUCUAAUUACCAAUGAUCACGAAGAGCCACCAGAUUUCUUGGUAAGUGAAGACACCAACCAGUUUGUUAGAUGUAAUAACUGAAUUAUUACCAGCGCCCCGAUUGGUUAGAAACCUAUCGUUUAUUGCGACGGUAAACCCAUGCAAAAUUGAAACAUUUUUAGUCUAUGUUAUAAAAAGUAAUUGAUCGCACUUCCUAUCGGAGGAGGAGGUGAGUAAUCUACAAACUUUUCUCGUAUUCUCCUAAUACCGAUAGAAAGUGCUAUCUAUUUCUUAAGUAACUACUAUUUUCUGUAGUAGUAAAACGUAUUCAUUUUGUGUUGUUAAAUGGUAAAUGUGGUCCUUAAGGAAAAGAAAAGGGGAAAGAAACACCCUUAACAAGCUAACGGGGCGGUAAUCUGCCUGAAAAAUAUUUUAGAACAUAUUUUAUUGACUAAUAUUCUAGGGCCACUGAAUAUAACCAAAAUUACCUCUUGCAUUUUUAUCUUUAACUGAAACAAGUCGUCUGCGAUUGUCAAGGAGAGCACAUUUGAGCGUUUAUUCUAAAUAUAAUCAAUUUUCAUACGUCUGCAACCUCGAUUCAUUUCUCCCUUUAUUAGAAUUUUAAAAGAUUAUAGGUUCUUUUUCCAUUUUCUGAUCAUAAUCGAUAUCAUGUUCAUUUUUUUUUUUUUUAAUAGAAACGUUGUAUUAAAAGAAAAAUCAGAUGCUGGAGGAGAGCAGGGGAGGACAGGUGUAAAAUGCUUAAAUGUCUGGAUAACUUUUUCGGAUGCGCAAAGGAAAAACUACCAUCCCCUCUUCCUUCAAUUCCUCCUUUGGUGGUGAGUGCCUGACUCACUCUACGCACAUGUCACGAAUUGCAAUCGAGGUCAUAAUGUGAAUCAUCACCAUCAUCAUAGCUGUCAUUACAACCGUGAUAACAUCAAUAACUGUAAUGAUAGGGAUGACCAUGACGAAGACAAUAACGAUGACGAUGACGAUAAAUGUUAAUGAUGGUGGUUAUGAUGAAGAUGAUGAUACUGAUGACGAUGGCAAUAAUGACAACAAUGACGAUACUGAUAAUAAUGGUAAUAAUGACAACGAUGACGAUACUGAUGACAAUGGUAAUAAUAACAAUGAUGAUGAUAAUGAUGACAACGACGACGAUAAUGACGAUGUCGAUAGCGAUGGUGAUAACGUUGACGAUUACGAUAAUUGACCAUGGUCUUUUCGAGGAAACCUGAGAUCCUCAUUGUUUAACAAUUCCUGAACGAAGUGAAGCACUGAAUCAUGAUUUUUCGGUUGCUGGUAACGUUUUGAAUUUUUUUAGUAAAACAUAACUCUUGAGAUUUUUUUCCAUGUUUCGCCUUUACCUUGGUUCAGGAAACGUGCGCUACUCUCUCAAUCAAUCAGUUGCAAAACUAAAACCAAUCACGAGCCAAUGGAGAGAGCGCCCUAGAAAUUUAUCAUUACAAUACAUUUCUUUGUCAUUGGUUCUCUUAAAAGAGUAAACUAUUUAGAAUAACGUAAUUUACAUAUCUCCAACAGAGAGGUUGCUUUGUGCUGCUUGAAAUGUGCAGGAAGGCUUCCGUUAGCUGUGCUGGCGAGUUGUGCUGCUUCGUCCGCAUGAAGAGAUGCUUUGAUUUGGCUGGAGGGGAGUAAUUCCUUCGGAUGUGAGUGUUACACUGUUACCAUGGCGACAAAUAGACGAUAUCGAUCAACACGAUGCUAAUUUACAAUCAGGUUCAAAUUUUACUUUUGGGUUAUGUUUAUUCAUGUAUUCAUGCAGGCAGAAUAAUAGAAAUAAAUAAAAAUACUAAACGC